ACUCCAACUUGAUCCAGCUUCACAUUAUCAAGGUAUUUAUCAUUUCCCAAGAUAGAGAGGGAGAGAGAGAGAGAGAGAGAGAGAGAGAAUUAUUGUUGUUAGAGCAAUGGAAAUUAAUGGACAUGAUUUCUUAGAGGAGUUAAUAGCUCUAAGUAGGGAAUCUUGGCAACCCACUCCAAAUUAUCCAUCAGAAAUGAAUGAGCUUUUCUCUGGUAGCUUUAACCAUGGUUGCUUUGAAGAAAUCCCAGCUACACUCCCACAAACUUCUUUCUGUCCUGAAGGAUUAAUUUCAUCUCCUCUUAAACAAGACUUCAACAACUACUACUUUAAUGAAGUCUUCUGCCCAUUUGGUGAUGAGUUCUCAGCACCACAGUUCACAGAUGAGUUCUCUUCAGCCCCACAAUUCACCGAUUCUUCCUAUAACACGCUUGACACACCACCGUUUCCUGUUCAAGACGAUACUCCAAUGUCCAUGAUGGAAGAUGAGGAGCUGGGUCUGCUUGCUAAUGAUCAACAGAAUUUGCAGAUGCAGGGUACUUGCAAAGUUGAGCCCAUUCAGUCGCCGGAGGUGUCGGCUUUCAAUGCUGGUAUCUGUCCAGAAAGAAAGAUUAGAGGCAAGAAGAUGGAGGGGCAACCGUCAAAGAACCUAAUGGCCGAGAGAAGGCGAAGAAAGAGGUUAAAUGACCGGCUUUCAAUGCUAAGAUCAAUUGUUCCUAAAAUCAGCAAGAUGGACAGAACAUCAAUACUUGGAGACACAAUAGAUUAUAUGAAGGAACUAUUGGAGAGAAUCAACAACUUGCAGCAAGAGAUUGAAGUGGGUUCAGAGGAGUUGAAGAUGAUUAGCAUUUUCAAGGACACAAAACCCAAUGAAAUUGUUGUGAGAAAUUCACCAAAGUUUGAAGUGGAAAGAAGAAAUGAGGAUACAAGGAUUGAUAUUUGCUGUGCAACAAAGCCAGGGUUAUUGCUAUCAUCAGUAACAACAUUAGAAACAUUAGGCCUUGAGAUUCAGCAGUGUGUGAUUAGUUGUUUCAAUGACUUUACAAUGCAAGCUUCUUGCUCAGAGGAAUUGGAGCAGAGAACACUAAUAAGUUCUGAAGACAUAAAACAGGCAUUGUUUAGAAAUGCAGGAUAUGGAGGGAGAUGCCUGUAGACAGUAAAGGAGUAGAAAAAGGAGGAAAUUGCAGUGAAGUCUUUUAAGAGACAUUUUCAAAUCUCUUUUAUUUCAAAGAGGUUUUCAAGUGAGGGAGUUGUUAACUUCACUUUUUAAAAUAAGUUGCGUCUGCUCAUCAGAGCUAUGCAUUAUCUACUUCAAUGUGAGAUCUUUAUUAAUCCAAUUGCUUUAAUAUCAUGAGAUUGUUAUUUCU